UUUCAAACCUAAAGAUUGAAAUGGGUUUCCAUAGUUUUGCUGCCAACACUCAACUUGUACUAGAACUAGGCCUUAACUCAUCAUCGUCAGCUUCCAUUCCCCAAAACCCUUCCAAGAUAUCAAACCCCACCACCCAUCAUCAUCAUCACCCAUCUCUAACCUUGGCGCUUUCCGGCGAUUCGUGUGGUGGUUCAUCAUUCUCUAACGCGAGCGUCAAAAGGGAGAGAGAAGUUGCAAGUGAAGAAUCCGAAAGGGUGAACACAAGUGGUACUGAUCAAGAAGAUGAAGAUGGGAGUGUCAGUGGUAGAAAGAAACUCAGGUUAACUAAAGCUCAAUCUGGACUACUUGAAGAAGCCUUCAAACUUCAUACCAAUUUGAACCCUCAGAAACAAAAGCAAGAGCUAGCCAAGGACCUAAAGCUAAAGCCCAGACAAGUUGAAGUUUGGUUCCAGAACAGGAGAGCCAGGACGAAACUGAAACAAACGGAGGUGGAGUGCGACUACUUAAAGAAAUGUUGUGACACAUUAAAGGAUGAGAACAGAAGACUCCGGCAAGAAGUUGAAGAACUGAAAGCAGAAAAGGUGUCGACGACGUCGCAAACCGUGUACAUGCAGUUGCCGGCGGCCACCCUCAGCAUGUGUCCGUCAUAUGAACACAUGCCCAAUCCCAAAACCCCUUUUACCAUGCCUCCUAAACCACAUUUUCUUAAUCCUUUCACUACCAGCUCGUCGGCAGCUUGUUAAUUAU